AUGAAUGAACUGAUAAUAAGUGAAAGCUCUACGUUGUCUCCUAUAGACCGGCAUCGGGUGUUGCUGGAAGUUCAUGGCUUUCAUCCUCGAACAACCGAGCCCAGUGGCCCCAUCGUCGACACCUUGCUAGAUCGGAUACGGAAACAAGCCUCGAUGGUCCGGAAUAGGAAAGCCUACAACAAAGCCCUCUUCCUCAAUCCUAGUUACACCGAUAGUCCAUCCUUCCUUAUGAUGUUCCUCCGUUCCGAAAACUUUAAUCCAAUCAAGGCCGCUCAUCGGAUUGUCCUCCAUUUUGAAACCAAGCUGUCUCUUUUUGGAAUGGACAAGCUAGCAACAAAAAUAACACACGAUGACCUGUCCGGUGACGAUAAGCUCGCUUUAUCAACGGGGGCGAUACAGGUUUUACCAGUAAAAGACCGGUCCGGUCGAACAAUCCUCUACGAAACCGCAAGAUCUCUUGGGUAUCGGAGCAUCCAAAGUCAGCUCCGGGUGCAUUGGUACAUGCUGAUGUCUGUCAUCGAAACCAGUGAUCCGGAUGCACAAAAGGAGGGGGUAGUUCGAGUAUUUUACAAUCUCGACUCGAAAGCUCACAACAUACUAUCACACAACGAAUUCAUACAAAAGGGAUCUAUCUUUUCAAGGGCUUUGCCCAUCAAGAAUAUGGGGCUGCACUUUUGUUACAACAGUGGUUCCUUGGUGCCGAUGCUUUCAGCUGUACAAUUGGCAGUUGGAGUAGAUGGCCGAUCGCGAUUGCGAGAUCACUUUGGAAACGAAGUACAAGUCAAGCAAAAGCUUGAAGAUUUCAAUAUACCAGCAUCAGCCCUCCCAUCAGUUUCCCACGAUGCUGUUUCCACUGACUACCUAGAUCAAUACCUCCUACGAAUAAAACAGGCGGAGGAAAAAGAAAGGAGUAUGACAAAUGGCGAAAUAAUGCAACCCCUUUCUCCCGACGUCAUUCUGGGAAGGGGUCGCCAUCAACAGGAACACCCAGGAAACCUACGAUUGGCACAGCUUGUAGACUCAAAGCGACAAGAAUAUUCCAAGCUUCGAAAACUAGAAAAGAGUCGCAUUAUCCGAGAGAUAGUGGAGCGAUACGAAUCUUCUGGUGGCCGCUUUGUGGAGCGAUAUGAGGAAAAAGGGACCAUGCAGUGGCGCGAAUCCAGCAGCGAUGCUCGGCGCGAAAAAGUCAGCCAACUAUUUAGAACAAAGACAACGCGCAAUAGCGAGUUCUUUGCAUAG